AUGCUCUAUAUUCUUACUAUUCUUGCCCUAUUUCUACGAGAAACACUUUCAUUAUCGUGCGGAAUUUGUCCAGACGGGACAAAAUGUGAUAGUAACACGGGGAUUUGUCGCCCAUUUCGUCAGUUAGAUACAUCGCCACCUAGCCGUUCUUGUGGAAUAUGCCCUGCAGGGACUAUGUGUGACUCAAAUACAGGUGUUUGUCGUCCAUUUCGAGUCGCAGGCGAUGAUCCACGUCCGAAUUUUUGCGAUGGAGUUAUUUGCCCACCUGGAUUUUUAUGCGAUAAUAAUACAGGCGUCUGUAGAAAGUUCAGGCUACCCACUCUGUCGUCUUACAAAAGAAAACAAAGAGUAGAGAGGGGCCAAAUAAGAAAGAAGAGAUACACAAACCGAUGUAUAAGUGUUCUAUGUCCACAAGGAACCCAAUGCGAUUCAAAUACAGGAAUAUGUAGACAGUUCCGACCUCUAACGAGCAUACCAACCGCAAGCGAUCCGUGCAUAGGAGUCGUAUGUCCACAAGGUACACAAUGUGAUACAAAUACAGGGAUAUGCAGGCAAUUCCGACCGCUUCCGAAUCCGCCAUUUGCUUCUGAUCCAUGUGAACGAGUCACUUGUCCGCAAGGAACUCAAUGUGACUCCAAUACAGGAAUAUGUCGACCAUUUCGCCCCGUUCCUCCAGCGGCAUCAGAUCCAUGUGAUCGAAUUACUUGUCCACAAGGAACAACGUGUGACACUAAUACAGGGAUUUGUCGUCCUUUCCGACCAUUGCCGAAUCCACCAACUGCUGCUGACAAGUGUGAUGGCGUCCUAUGUCCACAAGGGACUCAGUGCGAUAGCAAUACAGGAAUAUGCCGACCAUUUCGACCAACGCCUAAUUCACCCAUAGCAAAUGAUCCAUGUUCAGGAGUAGUCUGUCCACAAGGAACAAAUUGUGACAUGAACACAGGAAUAUGUAGACCAUUUCGACCAGCGUCAGAUGACGUAGUCGAUCGUUGUCAAUCUGUUAUUUGUCCACAAGGUAGUGACUGUGAUAAAAACACAGGCACAUGUCGGCCAUUUCGAACGGCUGAUAGCGAAACAGUAACGUGUCCUGAGAAUUCCUACUAUAGUGAUUGUGCUUCACCUUGUCCAUAUACAUGUACAGAUAUUAGUAAACGUUGCGAUCAAUCAUGUAUCCCUACAUGUGUGUGCAAAGAUGGAUUUGUACAGGCUAGCAUAACGGAUACAACAUGUGUACGAUCAGAUCAAUGUAAUGUUUACAAAACAGACCGAUGUUCUGUCCUACAAUGUCCAUCCGAUAUGACAUGUUUGGAAGGAUAUUGUAAUCCUAAACAAUGUCCGUUAGUGUAUUUGUCGGGCACAGAUCUACCACUUCGUACAAAUCUCGAAGUGGUGCGAAUAAUGAAAGCAUUGAAUGGGUCAAUCAACACGGAUAUUGAACAAUUUGAACAAGAUCGAUAUCGAAUGAUGGAGGGUAUCCAUCCACCAGUACCACUUUACAAAUCAGCUAUGUCAGUAGCAAUACCACGAAGAGCUGCAAAUUUUAUGUUACGCAGUACAAGAGUGAAGAAAUUGUUGGAAUAUCUCAGUCAUACAUGGAUUCCUGACGAAUCUUUCUGGACAUCUGUGGCCGGGAAUGCAGUUUUACUGAGAGUACCUGGUUCAUAUCGAGCGAGAGACAUUCUGUGGCUUCGUAAACAUCUGCACAUGGUACCACCUCUGGAACAAAGCAUAAACAAUGUUGGAACAAGUUACAUUGGAAGAUAUCAAGUAUGGGAACGGGAGAAUCGUUGCUAUGGUCGCAUAACGAGUUGGUCUUGUGUAUUUGGAGUACUGGACAUCCCAACACUUCUGAAUAGACCAGAACUAAUCGUUCAUAAAAUGUAUCUGGAUACCGAACCAGCUGCUUUUAUGUGCCUCCUAAAGGAGCUUCGAAGAAGGAGUCGUAAUCCAAUUGAUUUCGAUGCACGAAGUUAUGCUGAAAUGCCCACCGUUGAAUUGAGCAAUGGUAAACGUAUCACCGAAUUAACUCAUCCGGAAUGGUUGAUGAGGAGUUCAUUUCAUAAAUUUUACUAA